CUGUGUUUUGACAUUAAAAUUGUUGUCAGUACCGCGUUCACUUUGUGUUUUUGUGAUUAUUUUUUUGUAAAUUGUUGUGUAAAAUGUCUUCUACGCUUUCGUUUGUUGGUCUGCCUGAGCACGGGAAGAGAUCUGUUACGAGAAUGUCAGCUGGUGGUUCGGAGAGUCAGUUGGUGAGAACUGUGGACCUGGAGAACAGCAGCGUGACCAGGACUGAGAACAGCGAGACGGGAGUGCCGAACGCGCCCAAGAGCAGCAUCGGCGAGAUCUUCAACGGCGACGUGCCGGACGGUGGCGCCGGUAGCCCGGUCAAGAACGGCAGCAGCAGGCCGCGCGUCCCCCGCGAUACUCCCACUCGGCCCCGCGAUACGCACUCCCGGCUUUUCGGCCAGGUAAGAGCGGCCAACGGCGGGUCACCCGUGGCCCCCAUGAUCACCGACACGAUCCGCAGCAACAUCCAGUUCGGGGAGCACAACGGCAGCGGCCCGCACUCGCCCAAGAGCGUCGCGUCCACGCCCAGCCGAGGUGAGGCGCCCGCGGACCUCUUACUGUACACGCCACCGAAGAGGAACCCGGUGACGGGAGACGGUGUUGAGCUGCCGCCGCCGCGCCGCCGCCACCCCGCCGCCUGUCGAGAAGGCAACCCGAUCACCGGCGACGGCUACAAGUCCAUGAACGGCCAGAUCAACAUGGUGACGUCGAUCAACGGCAACAGCAGCAUCCUCCACAACAAAGUCCCCCCCGGCGGCUACUCCUCUGGACUCUGGUAGAUCUAAGGCAACCCCGUAAAGUCACGUCUCCCGCGCAUUUUUAGUCCACGAGCCAUAGACAAAUUACUUUGACAGGUGUCAAUUCUAUACUCUAUGGAUUGUAGAUUUGACAUCUGUCACUGUCUGUGGUUGUCUAUGGAUUUUAUGUGCGCGGGAGGCGCGACUCGCACCCCGGCCAAAACACAACCGCCGUUCCUUUGCCGUUUGUACAGGCGAUUCUAAUUUCUAGUAGUCUUACAUCCUUUCAUUUGUAUCUGAUAGUGUUAAGUGGAGUUUGUAAUUACCAUAAUAUACUUAUGCGAAAUGUCUGUGUGAACAAUUUUGUACGUAAAUAAAAUUGUAACGUUCCUUUUUGAUACUUUGAUAUUGGAUGUAAAAUAGUUGAUUGUACCAUCUUAUCAAAAUACAUCGAGUAGACAA